AGAUGAGAAAGAAAUUGAUUCAAUACCUCACUGACAAAUGGAAUGUUCUGGAUUGGUUGUGCAUAGUUUUAUAUCUGUGUGGUAUGAUUGUCAAACUUGGGGAAACCGAUGAUUAUUUGAACGCUUCUAAGGUUUUAUUGGUUGCCACGUACAUCUUGUUUUGCGUAAGGAUACUUCACAUGUUUUGUGUUUCGGAAUUGCUUGGUCCUAAACUUGUUAUGAUCCAGAAAAUGUUUCUAGACACAUCUGCCUUUAUGACAAUCAUGUUUGUGAUUUUGAUGUGCUUCGACGUAUCAUACUAUUCUAUACUCUAUGCCGAGAAAUCUGAUUUCACUUUUGAUGAAUUGGAAAGAAUUGCAAGAAACGGAUAUUGGAUGCUCUUCGGGGAACUUAAUUUGGAUCGCGAUAAAUUGAGAGAACCCGAAUGCACAUUUAAUCACAGCAUAUACACCAGUGGAAAUAUGGAACGUUGUCCAUCUGCACUUGGAAUAUUUUUGGCCCCCUACCUGAAAGCUGUUUAUGUGUUGAUUACUGUCAUUCUGCUUCUAAAUUUGUUGAUUGCCAUGUACAGUAAUACCUUUUCUAAGGUUCAUACAAAAUCUACAUUGUAUUGGUCACAACUUCAAACAAAUUUUUUGGAUGAGUUUGGCGUGAAAUCCAUAUUCCCUGUCCAUAUGUGCUUGCUAUCCCUUGUGGUCUGUUCAGUCUAUGCAUUAGCAUGGAUUAAAAAAUUAUUGGUCCAUAAUGGCAUGCUCAAAUGCUUUAAAUCACCAUGUGUUGGAACUGGACAAAAAUCUGGGAAUAAGAAAGAAGAGCACCCUCUAUUUGUUCAAGUUUUCCUAUACAACAGCAGGUACGACUUAAAAAUGUCAGGAACAAUAGAAAAUGAAAACCGAGCAGCACUAAUGACAAAAGGAGAAAUGGAAAUCUUGUAUACAGAGGACUUCAAAAAGUCAAUCCUUGAUCUAGAGAUGUCAUCGUAUGACAGUGACGAAAAUCUACGGUAUAAAAAAUUCUCAAAAAGAACUGGAAGAGAUGACACGGAUGAUUAAAUGUACAGAUACAUUCCCAAUAGAAAAUGUCUUGAAAGCUUAUGUCAAAUUUUUUUUUUUUUUUUUUUUUUGCUCACCUGAGCUAAAUGAAGAAAAUACGAAAAAUAGUUUGAGGUCAUUAAAAAGCCUUCUUCUCAAGAACCAAGGGCCAGAAAAGCUGAUCGGAAAAAUCUUUUAAAAUGCUCUUCUCAACAACUACGUGGCCAGAAAAGGUGACACUUAUGUGGAAGCAUCAUGGGGUAGUGUAGGAUAGGGGCACAAUAGGUAUAGAAAGAGGGGAAUUCUGGUAAAGAACUUCAUCAUCAAAGCUACUCAGGUGAACAAUUAAUGUGGCCCAUGCCUCAUAUGUUCUUUAUAAAAUGCUAGCUUAAUUUUUUGGGGGGUCUUGUUUACCUACAAAUUAAGCCCUGAAACAUCAUAUUUGACCAAGCUAGUGUUAAAAAGCAUCAUGUCAGGUAUUUAUUACAUAUAUUUGAGAAAACAUUACAUGUUGUCUUUUUUCCUAGAUCUACUAAAACUUGAUCUUCAGUUUGUAAAAUUACACACAUGUAUCUUUCGUUGUUUCUGGUUUAAAAUAAUAUUCAGGUGAAUUUAUAUUC